CUCCAUCUUCAUUGUUUUCUUCUUCACUUCCCUGAAGUCGAUCGAUUUUACACUCAAUAUGGUAAACAUGGCCUCUGCCACUCCGUCUUCAUUCUCCUGUCUUGCUUCUUCACAUUCCUCUUCCUUCGCAAAAUUCUCAAAACAUAAUCCCUUGACUCCUAAACACGUCAAAUUCAAACUCAGGAUCAACAACAAUGAAGGAAAUUGCUUCCUUCAUAGAUCGCAUUCUGAGUUUAAUUCCAUUCCUCAAAUCCCUAGAUUUUCCGAUUCCGCCGCCUCACCCUCAGAUGUCGUUGUUGCUGAUAAGCUCAAUCUGCUCGCUUCGGAGUUUAGGUCUCUCUCGGAGCCAAUUGAUCGGGUGAAAAGGCUAUUGCAUUUCGCGGCUCUUCUGCCUCCGCUGGAGGAAUCGGCUCGCGUUCCGGAGAACAAAGUAAGGGGGUGCACGACUCAGGUGUGGUUGAUCGCGGAGAUGGACGAGUGUGGGAGGAUGAGAUUCAGAGCCGAUAGUGAUUCUGAGAUAUCGAAGGGUUUCUGUUGGUGCUUGAUUUGGAUGUUGGACGGCGCCGAGCCGGAGGAGGUGUUGACGGUGGAGGCGGAGGAUUUGGCUGAGAUGAACGCGGGCUUGCAAGUGAAGGCCCAGUCCAGAGUGAACACUUGGCAUAAUAUUUUGUGCAGCAUGAAGAAGGCCACCAAAGCCUUAGUCGUGACACAUGGAAGGAAAACAGCUCGUGAAGGCUUGUCCUUCUGUAAUUGUCACUGUUCAAUAUGAUGCUUAAUCACUCAAAAGCAAAUAAUCUGAAGAUCUUAUUACUCCUUCGUCUUGCAAAUCAUUAGCUUGAUGACUACAAAGAAAAUUGAUACGCGUUGUACAGUGAAGUCUAAGAUUUUAUCCGCAGAAAUUAGAUUUUAAGAUCAGGUUCAAGCAAAGUUCUUUGAUACCUAUUAUGAAGUUGAAGACAACAGAAAAACUGUAAGAACUAAAUAGUUAUGCAAUGCAGUUGUGCUGCCUUAAUUUUUCAGAUAUUACAAGUUGUCUUACAUUUGACUCUGGUGAGUUGGUCUUCAUCUUGCAACUAGAUUAACUAUCAGUACUGUGAAGUCUCUUUGUAUCGUUCCAAUUUCAUCGGAUGUCUCGACCGGACAGUACUGUGAAGUCUUAGACAGCUACUAUAAAGUUAAAAAUAGUAUGAUAUGUAAAACUUAAUGACAUAGAAAAACUGUACCAUUGGAUCAGUAAUACAAUCCUAGUGUUGCCUA